UGUGCUGCGAAGCUGGCUGGGGGAAGGCGUUUUAUAUUUAAUAGGCACUAAGUUUCCUAAUAUCGCAGCUGUUUUCAACUUAACGUUUGCUCUUGUCCUGGCCAAAUGUGAAUCAUACCACGUACAUUAACUUCCUGCUCGGUGCAUAUAAACAAUAGUUUUGGGUAAAGCAAACAGAAGAUUGAUAUGCCAAAACUUUCAGUAGACGUUGAAUGAAAUAUGUCAGAGAUGAUGAGAUUAUUUUAACUACCCCCUUAAAACCGCCACGUGCUGUAUAUGUCAGUUUGCUAACAGGUUUUGGGAAACAUACCCUGUAAGACAGUUUUUGCAAACCAGUCCUUUUGCUGAGAGCAAAAACGUGGACUGACGGAGGUCUCCGAGGACUGGUUUGCGAAACACAGCUGUAAGAUAUCUGGUAAUGCAGGAUGAGGGGCCUGCCUUUGGAGCAGCAGGGAGAGAUAAAUGGAUGGAGAGGAGGAAACUCAGGGAGAAUGGAGCUGAAGAAAGAACGUGGGAUGGACCGUACUCUGCGGAGGAGGAGAGGAGUGAAUGUGGUGGCCUUUCCUGCGGUUUGGGACACCACCGAUUACCUAUGGAGGGAGACCCAGGCGACGAAGCUGGCCAUGCUGUUUAGACUGGACCAGGCACAGAGUCAGGGUAACCAGUCCUUCCAGUACAAGGCCCCCACGCAGCCCAGGAACAGCUGUCCCAACCCAGGCCUGCCCACCCAGACUUUAGCUCCGCCCCACAAAGUUCCCACUGUCUUAUUUGCCACUGCAGUCCAGGCGUUCAGAUAUGUGGAUGGUCAGCACAUAAAGGUGGGGAACAUUGGAGCUGCAGUCCUGGGGAGUCAUGUGACAGGGGAGUACAAGGUCCUGCUCUAUGGCAGCCAGCAGAAUGAGGUGACCUCUGCCAGGAUCUCCCUAGGCUUCACCUUCACGCUCCAGUCUGGUAACUAUGGCAACUUUUAUGAUGAUCAUCAGCAGAACUGGUCAGUGAUGUUCGAGUCUGAGAAAGCCACAGAGGACUUCAGCAAACAGGUGUGCCUGGCGAAAUGGAACAGCGCCCCCAGUCUGGACACAGUGGUGCUGCAGGACCUGGCUUUGGGGGAGGGCCGCGGGGUGGAGCGUGGUGACUCCUUGGAGGUGUCCUACACUGGCUAUCUGCUGCAGAACCACGUUGUCGGACAGGUGUUUGACUCCACCCAUGGGCGGGGCAAGCCGCUAAGGCUGAGGCUCGGCGCUGGGAAAGCGGUUAAGGGUCUGGAGGAGGGCAUUCUGGGAUUGCAGAAGGGUGGGCGGCGCCUCCUGGUGGUGCCCCCAUGCCUGGGCUAUGGGUCACAGGGCAUCCCGAACCUGGUCCCUGCCAACAGCACAUUGAUAUUCGAGACGAGGCUGCACCGGAUUAAGUCUGGCAAGGAUAAUGGACCGGGCCUGGUACCUGUAGAGGCCCCGAGCUCCGCCUUCGACGUUCUUGACCGUGAAAGGGUUAUACCAGUUACAGCUGCAUUCUCCGCCGUACAGGGCCACCUCCCCCUGACUGCAGACUUCGAUUCCCAAACUGAGCAGUUAAUCGACCCCGCUGCCUCUAAGGGUGACCUGAUCUCCCGUGUGGCCCGGGUGGGACAGCCCAUUCUGCCAGGUCUCAUGGGGGCUACGUCCGCCCUGGCAAAACACAGUGACCCCAGGACAGUGGAUCCCAGCCCGAAAGGACAGGCAGCCCGGCUCUCCGCACAGCCCUUGACCUCCUCACAAGUGACUUCCCACUCUCCAAAUAUGGCGGCUGCACCCACAGUGGCUCCGCCCCCUGUGUCUGCCAACCCGCAGCCUGAAUUUCCUGGUGCUAAUCCUGCAUUCCAGGUCACUUCCAGCUGUCCCCACUCUGCUCCAAUGGACCCCCCAUGCCUUCUGGGGGCUCAGAUGCCCCCCACAGAGACUCUGCCAUACCAGGCUUGUGAUGUCACUUCUUUCUUGAUGACUGAGGCCUGGCAGCAGAACACAGAAAUGCGACAGGCUGUCGGGAGAGUGAAAGACAGAAUUGACCAAUUGGCCUCAAAGGUGGAGAGCCUUCAAAAGCAGGGAAGCCUGUUGCUAGGCAUGCCUGCUGUUUCCUUGGAGACGCCUGCACUGCUGCACAGCAUCCAGAAGAUCAUCCAGGAGAAUGAAGGUCUGAAGAAGGAUGUGUCCGAGAAGAACUUGCGUGUCACAGAGCAGAACAUGAAGAUCAGGGAGCUGAUCCACCAGAACCAGAGGUACCUGGAGCAGAACAUUCUGCUGCUGGAGGAGAGGAACAAGUCAUUCCAGGUGGCCAGCGACCAGGGUCGGGCGCGCCUGCUGCAAGCUGAAAGGGACAAGGUGUGGUUGACAGGGGAGCUGGCAUCCUCCACCUUACGCCUGUCUCAGCUGCAGCAGGAGGUCACAGUUCACCAACAGAAAUCUGCAGAGCUAGAGGCUAAGUUGAGCGCCGCCCUGCAGGACGAUAGAAAUUCAACCCAGCUUGCCUCACUAGAAGUGCAGGUCAUAGAGCUGAAAGACAGAGUGGCACUGAUGCGAGCACAGCACUCGGCCGAGAAACAGCGCCACCUGGAGGUGGAAUGCAGCGUGCGCGGCUUGGAGGCGGAGCUACCAGGGCUGAGGGUAGACAGGCUGCGUCUGGAAAUGCAGGAGGUGUGUGAUGAGUGUGAGCUGGUAGAGCAGCCGCCGUGGCAGCAAGCGCAGAGGACAGAGCCCCGGAGACUAAGGGACACGGUGAAGUGUGUGAUGAAUAGUGUGUUUCGCACCCUGCGGGGGGAGUUUGACCCCCAGGAAACCUACAGUGGGCAGGCUGUGAUGGGGGCUGUCGCUCGCAUCAUCAAGAGUGUCACACUGCAGGUUCUGGCUGACGCUCAGGUGUCACCAGAUCAGCCUGAAAUCGCUGGUGAGGAAGAGGAGGGACUAAAAUCUUCUGGGGAGGUGCAUCAACAUGCAGAGGAAGAUCAGGAAUCCCUUGGCGGCCCUCAGCAGAGUUUGAAUGGUAGACAGGCAGUUGGAGAGACCGAGGAGAAUUUGCAGGCCCCUCAGAUGAGCAAGGGCUGUAUCCAGGUGAUUGAUGGGCAAAACCACCAAUCAGAAGAAGGGAGUGCUGCAGUGUCAACUGGAACAUGGGAUGAAUAGCCAAUACCAGACCUGACUGGAGUAAUGGGGCCAUGACAGCAAUAGCAUUUGACCAAUCAGGUCAUAUGCCCCCCCGAUCCAACCAAUUGCAUCUUUAGGAUUCAGAGCAGUACGCAUCACUUACUGCAAGAGGGGGAUGUAGUGGGAGGGCUCACAGACCAGGAAGCAGCAUCAUGAUUGGAGAAAUUUAUAGAGGCGGCUAGUAUGACCUUCCUGGGGAGCCAAUGGUGACUGCAGCUUAAGUAGACCUGAGAAAUGUGCAAAGAGUGAGCAGUAUUAGGAGUGAAGCAUUAAUUAAAAGUGAUAAGUGCGUAAGAUAAUGACACCUAGGAACACAGUAAAUCUCAGGCAUUGACUGAAACCUCGCUAUAUCAAACUAUAUCAACACUAUGUCAAAGCAGUUGGUUGUCUCAUGUGGCCCGUAGCUUUGCUCAGUGUUUUCUUGCCCCAGAUAAAAAAUGGCCAAAUUUUGGAAGUGGCCUUUCAAAGCUGGUUUUCUGGUUUAAUAGCUCAAGCCUGUGUUAUGGGAUGUUUAAUUGAGGACCGUCGUUAGUAAAGCAUUUCUGUGUAUCAGU